GUUUUGAUAGUAUUUUACAAUAUUUUUACAGCUGUUUUGUAAUUUGUUCAUCAUGUUUUUAUAAACAACAGCUGUUUGUGAUAUCAGUUCAGUUAGAAUAUUAGUGUUCCGUCAUCUGUGUAUUAGUUUGACUAAGUGUAUUCAGAAAAAAAUAUGUUUAAAAUUUGUGUUGUUUGAAUACUUAUAAAAUAUCUAAUAACAAUAAAGUUUUUUGAGACAGUGAAUUAAUAUGCUAAAAACGAACAUUUUUAAACGUGUAGUAACGUUUAGGUGUUAUACUACAUCAAAAUGGUUACCACGAGUUUGUGUAGUUGGUGCCGGUCCAGCAGGAUUUUAUGCUGCUAUGCAUUUAGUGAAACAUCUUCAAUCUGUCCAGAUUGAUAUUAUUGAAAAGUUACCUGUACCGUUUGGGCUUGUGCGAUAUGGAGUAGCACCAGAUCAUCCAGAAGUAAAAAAUGUUAUAAAUCAAUUUUCCAAGUUAGCCAAUAACAAAAGUAUAAACUUUAUUGGCAACAUAGCACUAGGGAAAGACAUAGAUUUAAUAACACUAAGGCAACAUUAUGACGCUGUAUUGCUUACAUAUGGAGCUGAAGAGGAUCGUCAUUUAGGGAUUGAAAAUGAAUGUGCAGCAAAUGUUAUUGCAGCUCGAAACUUUGUGGGCUGGUAUAAUGGACAUCCUCAACAUAAAGAUCUAGAGGUUGACUUAUCUGGUGAAACAGCAGCAAUAAUUGGUCAAGGAAAUGUAGCUCUAGAUAUUGCAAGAAUUCUCCUCUCUCCAAUAGAUUUAUUGAAAAAGACUGACAUUACAGAGAAUGCCUUACAAGCAAUAUCACAAUCAAAUAUUAAGGAACUAUAUUUAAUAGGAAGAAGAGGGCCGCUACAAGUAGCAUUUACUAUCAAAGAACUGAGGGAACAACUUAAACUUAAUGGGUGCAGAACAAUAUGGAGGGGAAAUGAUUUUAUUGGGAUUGCAGACAUUAUAAGUAGUUUGCCUCGACCUAGAAAAAGAUUAACUGAACUUAUGUUGAAGUCAUUAAAUGAACAGAAUGAAAACCAACAAAAUAUGACACACACAAAAUCCUUUUUUCCUAUAUUUUUCAGAAGUCCAAACAAAUUUUUAGUAAAUGAUAAUGGCCAUGUUAGUGGAAUUGAACUCACUUGUAACACGUUAGAAGGUGAUAAAUUGGAAAACCAGAAAUGUGUUGCUACAUCACAAAAAGAAAUAUUGAGCUGUGAUUUAGUUUUCCGAAGUAUUGGCUAUAAAAGUGUCCAAGCUGACAAAACAUUAAAACUCAACCCUAAUGGAAGUGUUAUAAAUGACAAUGGCAGAGUGCUUAAUGAUGAAGAUGGUGAUCUGGGAAAACUUUAUGUAGCUGGAUGGUUAAGUACAAGUCCUGUUGGUGUUAUUGUAAACACAAUGGGAAAUGCAUUUCAAGUUGCCAAAAAUAUCUGCAGUGAUUUGCAAAAUUCUAAUUGUACUCAAGUAAAAGAUGGAAUCCAAAGUAUGUUGAAGUCUUCUGGCAAGCAAUUUGUUGAUUGGCAGGGGUGGGAAAAAAUAGACCAAUAUGAAGUGACUCAGGGAGCAAAACAGGGAAAACCUAGAGAAAAAGUAACUUCUAUUAAAAAGAUGUUAGAGAUUUCUGCAAGUACAUAGUCGUAUAAAAUAGAGAUGAUACAAUUUUAUAUUAGCUUACGGAUUGUGGGAUAUAAGAUAAAAUAAAUAUUUAUCAAGAUGCAUAAUUUUCUAAAAUAUUCUUACAUUACAUUGUUAUAUUUACUGUUAAGUGCAAUAUUAUUAUAAGAAUUAUAUUUUACAUCUGGUUCAUGA